CGCUGCUUGUGGGUCCUCUUCUCCGCCCUUGACCCUCGGACGCUGAGAGCCAUGGCCCUGCCGCUGCUGCCUGGCAACAGCUUCAACCGCAACGUGGGAAAAGAGAAGUUCCACAAAUCUCAACAUUGGGGCUUUUGCAACAAUGUUGGCAUGCUGGUGAGUGAGGACAAACCUGGAAUUGGUGGAGAGCUGCUUCUGGGGCAAAAGACAAAGCCUAAAUACAGUGCAUUUCUUAAAGAAAUGGGAAGCGAUGCACCAUCCUGGGUAGCUUUUGAUAAGCAGGUAUUAUCUUUUGAUGCCUAUUUAGAAGAUGAAGUACCUGAUAAAAGUCAAGGAAACUAUAGAAUAAGACGCUAUAAAAUCUACUUCUACCUUGAAGAUGACACAAUUCAAGUAAAUGAGCCAGAGUUGAAAAAUAGUGGAAUGCCUCAAGGGACUUCUAUCCGGCGUCAGCGGAUUUUGCUCCCACCUCCUGAUGAAGAUCAGUUUUAUACUGUGCAUCAUUUUAAUAUCAACAUAGACGUUAUCUUUUAUGGCCGGACAUUCAAGAUUUAUGACUGUGAUACAUUCACAAAAAACUUUUUGAAGAAAAUUGGAGUCAAAUUAAACCCCCCAGGACAGUGUCCAGAAGAUCCUUACAUGAAGAUACGAAGAGAGACUCUAGAUUGCAUGAAGCCUUUACGCCCCUAUGAAUCCUUUGAUACCCUGAAGCAGUUCCUUGAGUAUGAUAGGAAGGUUUUACGUUUCUUCUGCCUAUGGGACGACUCAGCUACCCUGUUUGGGGACCGAAGGGAGCUCAUUCUGCAUUACUUUCUGUCUGAUGAUACCAUUGAAGUCAAAGAAGUGAUGCCACAUAACUCAGGCCGGGAUGCUAUGUCAUUGUUCCUCCAGAGGAGAAAGCUACCCAAGUAUGGCCCACCUGGAGUCUGUCAGCCAGGCCAGGUAACAGAUCGAACAGUUCUUAAUAUUUAUGGUGGCUUGAAAGAGAAUCGAGUGGAUGGCUACCUGUUGGAUAAAUACAAGCUAGGAAAAUUAGAUCAAGAGUUUUACAAAGAUAGUGACCUAUUCAUAGGAGCCACCAUCAAUGUGUGGGGAAGGAAAGUACUUCUUUGUGACUGUGAUGAAUUUACGAAGACUUAUUAUAAGACGAAAUACGGAAUUGAGAACUUUACCUCGAUUCCAUGCAAGGCUCCACCUCUUCCAAAAAUAGAAAGGAAAUUUCCACCUUACACCGGCUUUGGUUCUGAAGAGGAUUCUCUCCGUUCCUGUAUAGGCCUCGUGCCCACACCUCAUCAGAGGGACUUCAAGAAGGUCAUGGAAAAAGACAGCUAUGGCAACAUAAGCAAUACACUCCGGUUUUUUGCAAAACUCAUCACACACAAAUGUGCGGAUGUGGACAGGAUGUUUGUUAUUUCAUACUUUCUCAGUGAUGACACGAUCUCAGUGUUUGAACCUAUAGAGAGGAAUUCAGGGAUUACUGGUGGGAAGUUCUUGAAAAGAAUUCGUGUUAAGAAGCCUGGACAAGAGGUCUUUAAAAGUGAACUAUCCGAAUAUAUCAAGGCCGAGGAGUUGUAUAUUGGGGCCACAGUGAACGUGAAUGGCUACCUGUUUCUUUUGCUCAACGCCGACGAGUAUACCUUAAACUAUAUGGAGACGAAUUCCGACAUGUUUCCCAUGAGCAGCAUUGAACUUAUCUUACAAAAGCUGAAAGAAGAAGAAUCAAAAUCCAGAGAGAUCAAGCAGGUAUUUACAGCCGCUGACUGCAGGCACACAAAGAUGGUGGAUUAUAAUACAUUCAGAGACAUAAUUAUGAGUCUAACUGUUGGGAAACUCAUAGACCAUGAACUUGUAACUCUUGCACGUCACUACGGGGUACCCAAGGACCCAUGUCCCGAUAUGAGUGUCCUAAUUGCACAGGCCCAUGAACAGCUCAAGAAAAACACUUUUGAGAAUUUUGAAAGUCUCAUUUCUACUUGUGUAUACCAAGAUCGAGAAAAAAAAAAAGUAUUACCCAGCAAAGACAUCAGAAGGCUGUGCAAGUCCUUCAGGUUACCUUUGUCUGAUGAUCUUCUGGGAUCCAUACUGUCCGGGUUUGAAGACAGCGAAAAACAAAUAAAUUAUGAGUCAUUUUUCUGUGCCCUGAACUGGAGGAUAAAUCCGAUGCCUGAAUUGGAAGCAACGUUGUACACUAAAGAGAGAUGUGAAGAUGAGUGGCUCGGGAUGCCAUCACCUAUUCCUGUGAAAUACAUUAACUACAUGAGACUUUUAAAGGAUGUGUUCGGCUUAGAGGAGGAGUAACCAUAUGUCAAUUUUGGUCAACUUUCUUUGAUUUCCUGCUCUAAUUUUACUAGGUUUAUUUCAGUAGAUAUAACUUCAUUAAAAAAAACACAGGGUUCAUAUUGAAUUGAAAUCCAUAGACCCAAGUUAAUUCCCUUUUGUCGUUUUAGUUUCUCUGAACAUCGUAUUACAGUGCUGAUGUGCCAGCAUUAUUAAAAAUGCCAUUUAAAGAAAUGUCAAACAUUUUUAUUACAUGUAUGAUUUAUUAACACCAAAGAAUCUUAUGGUAAUUUUCUAUCCAACAUAAUUUGAUUCAUUACAACACAAAAGGAAAAUUACUUUUGACAGCUAUACAUGACAAUAUAAAAUCAAAUUAUAUCUGAGCAAUAAGUUGUGAUUCUAUUAAACAUUUUUUGAAAUCUUUUUGACACAUGUUUAUUACUUAUAUAAUUAAAUUUUGUAGCAACCCACCUUAUCAAAAUAAUUCUUAAACCUCUCUAGAGUGAAUGUAUUUGUUUUCUGAAAUUAGCAAAGCUAUGAGAAGGACUCCUCCCUUGCCCCACAACACACACACACACACACACACACACACACACACACACACUUUGGGAGAGAAAUUGAAACAUAUGCAGUGUUUAUAUUUUAAUGUCCUUUUUCUACCUAAAGUUAGGUGUUAACUUAGGGAUAUAUAUGCAUGUAUAUAUAAUUAUAGUAUGACCAAAAAUGUGUGAUGUCUAAAAUAUUUAGGGAUGGGAACGCUGAAGAUUUUGAGAGCUCUUUUUUUUGGUUCAUUCUCCACAUACACAUACCACCCACCCCAGAGGUUUAAAUAUUCUAGGACUAUAACAUGUUUUCUUCCUGCUUUUCUCUGGUUCUAUUUUGAUUUUUCUUGUAGGCCUAUAUGUUAUGAAUCUCAGCAGAACCUUUGUCAUGUAGUGUAUAUUUGAU